AUGACUAUUUCUGCUCCAAUUCAUAAUAGAUCUACACUAGCCCAAGACAUUGACUUGUCUUUGUACACAGCUCUGACCCAAUCCCUUCCUCAUCAUCCCAUGUUUACACACGAAAAAUCUAAAAUCGUAAAGCUAAAUCCAAAUUAUAAUGCUGAUUUCGCUUCUCUCCAGCAAAACCCUCUUCAUGUUACUAUUUUUUCAGAUAAAGAGCCUUGUGGUUUUAAAAGUGUUGUUAAAGAUCCCAAAUGGUUAUCCGCCAUAAAAGAAGAAAUGCAUGCUUUGAGAUCUAAUCAUACAUGGGUAUUAGUUCCUAGACCCACUGGUUUGAAUGUUGUUGGCUCGAAAUGGGUAUUUUGGACAAAAUAUAAUUAUGAUGGCUCUCUCGAUCGGUUUAAGGCACGUCUAGUUGCCCAAGGAUUUACACAAGUACCGAGUUUUGAUUACGCUUUGACAUUUACUCCAGUUGUAAAAGCUUUCAGUGUUCGAAUAGUUUAA